CCGAAUUUUACGACGUAAAAGGAGUGGACUACCCUUCGGUACCUGUUUGAAACAGACUUUAUUAUGUAGGUUUUUAUUUUUUGAGUAUUCGAGAUUUUUCAAAAAAUGUUAUCUCCACCAAAUCGAAUCGCAAAGUUUUAUAUCGCAAGCUUCCCAAAAUCACGUUCGCUUUUUUUUUUUUUAAUUUCGCGAGGUUUGUCAUAUCACUCGUUAUGAUAAGUUCGACCUUGGUUGCGACGAACAAAAUGAAAUCAUUGGCUGCGUGUAAGUCUAAUCAGUUCAUACGACUGCGUUAACGUUGAUACAGAAAUUUUUUUGAAAACGAGCCAAUGAAAAAGUAUGUGCAUCAAUGUGCAUUUUAGUAUGAAGUAAUUUUACCUCUUGAAUAUUAAUGUAAAUGGGCCCAAGCGUUAGUAUAAUAUUUUUGUUAUGCCCAAGUUUUUAUCGUUAUGUGUAAUGAAGAAGUUAUCUUUGAUAAUAUGUUUGUUAGAAUUUAUAACGAUUCAUUCGAGUUUUGGAGUAGUUUAUAAAGAAUUCAUUUGCCAAAAUUUAAACGUUUUAGGCAGACCACAAACGGACUGUUUUGGUGAUGGUGAAAUACUAACACUUCCUAAUUCCAUUGGUAGAAAUGUGCAAGAGCUAAACGUAGAAGCAUUCCUCAAAUCAUCCUUCGCCAUCAACAGUAUCGACACGUUCGCUCGUUUUGAAAACCUAUCCGUACUAGAUAUUCGCACUGGGAAAAGUUUCCACGUAGAUGAAAAGCUGCAAAAACCAGAUACUCGCGAUCAGUUACGAAAAUACUUAUUUCACUUGCCCAAAUUGGAAACUUUGAUUAUCCACUACGAAGAAUUCAACGAUGUCAAUAACUCUUGGGUAUUGCCUCCGAACUUGAAAGAGUUACAUUUACACCACAGUGUGCUGGAAUUCGACCUAAACUCUUGCUCUGUCCUCGAAACCCUCAUCUUCAAUAACAACAAGUUGAAAAAAAUGCCAACGUUGCCUAAUCCCCCUCCCCCGUUAAGAGUGUUAUCUUUGACGUUGGAAACUUCCUUAGAUGACUUCACAGUGGACGAUAUCGCGCCUCUGUGUACACUUCGACGUUUGGAGUUGGUUAUGUAUGCUUCUGAAGACGAUCAUAAAAGGAGAUGCGAAUGUAAUCGGUUGAAAGAAUUCAUCUCCGGGUUGGAUUUGCCGAAUGGUGAUGGAUACGCUGGUGAAUACGCGGUUGCUUCGGAUGUCAAUUUGAUUUGCCCUAUUGACGAUCCUAACGAUUGCGAUAAUUACACGUUGGACGACGCGUGGAAAAAAAGAGAAAUGUGUUUAUGGAGUCAUUAUGGUGUUGUGCCCAGAAGUCUGAUAAAAAAUUUAAUAGUGUUCGUGUUGAUGGUUAUUGUGAUCGCAGUGCUGAUAACGUCCUAUGGUAUUCAUUGUUUCAGAAUGCGACCUAAACGUACUACAUUCAAAGUUGUUGAAAAGAAAUCUGUAUUGUGAUGAUGAAAUAUGGUGUUCGAGCUACAUAUUCGUAGAUAGUGAGCCAACUUCUCAACUUGAAAAUUGGAAUGAUUAAAUCCAAAGGUUGGCUUGAAUUCAUUUCGGAUCUAGAGACGUGAUAAAUUCACCAUGUAGACUCAUUCGAACAAAUGUUUGCGGAAAAGUGAACUGAGAGGAGAUUUUUUGCAACAUUUUUAGACGUUUGUUUGCUUAUUUUUUGGAAUAAUAAUUGUUCAAUGGAUCCAAACGACGUGUUUUCGAUUAUAAUUUUAAAGAUUUUUACUGGAUACUUGAUAAUUAUGUAGAAAUUUGAAGUCUGAUGUUUGACGUGUUGGUUAUUUUAUAUUAAAAUGGGAUAGUUGAUUUU